AUGAAGAUCAAAGCCCUUAGUCGAAGUAUUUCGACACAGCAAGCGCCAGGCUCCGAUGUGCAGCGCGCGCCGCGCAACCUCGCUCCCGAAAUCCACCCCCAAAGAGCUCUCAAUGCGGUCAAAUUGGAGCGCAUGUUUGCCAAGCCAUUCCUCGGGCAAUUGGGGAACGGGCACGUCCAGGGCGUAUACAGCAUGUGCAAGGACAAGCAUUCGUUGAACUCGGUAGCAUCUGGGUCCGGCGACGGCGUGAUCAAGGUGUGGGAUCUGACAUCACGGGAUGAUGAAGUAUGGAGGACGGCCGCACACUCAAAUAUCGUCAAGGGCAUGACCUUCACGAAUGACAAGAAACUUCUCUCCUGCGCCACCGACGGUAUCAAACUCUGGGACCCCUACAACACGCCAAAGGAUACAACCCCAAUUGCAACAUGGCAGGAAGGCGGGCCAUACACAUCAUUGUCCGCGCACAGGACAGGAAACUCUUUUGCCGCUUCAUCCGGUGCCGGGUGUAUUCGUGUCUGGGACCUGGAACAGAGCACUGCGGCACAGACAAUACAAUGGCCCAACUUCACCGACACCAUCACCGACGUUUGUUUCAACCAAGUUGAGACGUCGGUUGUUGGAUCUGUUGCGACAGACCGCUCGCUCAUCUUGUUCGAUCUGCGGACAAACACGCCCGUUAUUAAGACCGUUCUCCGGUUUGCGGCGAACCGCAUCGUCUUCAACCCAAUGGAAGCCAUGAACUUGGCUGUGGCAUCAGAGGACCACAACAUCUACAUCUUUGACGCCAGGAACUUUGAUCGCGCACAGAACAUCCAAAAGGGCCAUGUAGCAGCCGUCAUGGAUGUUGAGUUCUCCCCUACCGGUGAGGAGCUUGUCAGCGGCUCCUAUGACCGCACGGUCAGGAUAUGGAAGCGUGACCAAGGCCAGUCCCGCGACAUCUACCACACCAAGCGUAUGCAAAGGGUGUUCCGAACCAUGUGGACCAUGGACUCCAAGUACAUGCUUAGUGGGAGUGACGACGGUAACCUCCGCCUCUGGCGUGCCAAUGCCUCGGAACGCAGCGGUGUCAAGUCCACCAAGCAACGACAGGCGCUCGAGUACAACACGGCACUCGUGGAGCGCUACUCGCACAUGCCCGAAAUCAAGCGAAUCCGUCGCCACCGCCACUUGCCCAAGGUGAUCAAGAAGGCGGGCGAGAUCAAGCGUGACGAGCUGGGGGCUAUUAAGCGACGCGAGGAGAAUGAGCGCAAGCACUCAGACAAGAAGUUCCAGAAGCGCAAGGGUGAGCGCGAGAAGGCCGUGCUGGUCAAGCAACAGUGA